UCGAUCGUGUGGUAGUUUGUUUACAACAAAAAAAAACACAAAUUAUUUAAAACGCGGGUCGUUUUCUUAUUAUUUAAAUUUGGAGAAAAGAAUAUUUGAAGAACCGUUCUUCAAAAUUUGUGUGUGUGAUUUUUUUCCUUUCUAAAAAAGAUCUUUUACUAAUUCUUUAAAAUGGCCACUGAUGCUCUCUACAAUCGCACCGGUCCCAAUCGCCUAAAGCAGAGUGAAGUCAGCCGUACUACCGAUGUAACACAAGCCGUUAAAAUACGCAUGUCCAAAGAUGGUUUGGGUGCCGAAGAGCCCAUUUCCAUUCCUGGUUUGUUAAAGCGUUCGGUCAACAAUUAUCCCGACUAUCCAGCCUUAAGAACAAAGAAAGGCAAAGGCGAAUAUACCACAGUUACCUACAAACAAUAUGAACAGAAAGUCCAUCAAACCGCCAAAGCCUUCAUCAAAUUGGGCAUGAGUUCCCGCAGUGCUGUGGGUGUUUUGGCCUUUAAUUGUGCCGAAUGGUUUUACUCGGCCAUGGGUGCCAUACAUGCGGGUGGUGUUAUUGCCGGCAUCUAUACCACCAAUUCGGCAGAUGCUGUUUUGCAUGUUUUGGAAAAUUCACAUGCUGAAAUUGUGGUGGUUGACGAUGCCAAGCAAAUGGAGAAAAUACAUGCCAUCAAAGAUAAAUUGCCAAAUUUGAAGGCCUGCAUACAAAUCCAGGAACCUUAUGCUCCCUUCAUGAAGAAGGAAGAUGGUUAUUACAGAUGGUCUGAAAUUGAAAAUAUGAAUGUUUCAGAUGUUGAAGAUGAAUUCCAAAAACGUUUAGAAAAUAUUGCCAUCAACGAAUGCUGCUGUUUGGUCUAUACUUCUGGCACAGUUGGUAUGCCAAAGGGUGUGAUGCUCAGUCAUGAUAACAUUACAUUUGAUGUUCGUGCCAUUACAAAAUCUUUGGAACGUGUUGUUGCCGGCUCAGAGGUUUUGGUCUCCUACUUGCCAUUGUCUCAUGUUGCCGCCCAGACUGUCGAUAUCUAUACAAUGGCUUCCAUAGCCGGUUGCAUUUAUUUUGCCGAUAAAGAUGCUUUGAAAGGUACUUUGGUGAAAUCAUUGCAAGAUGCUCGUCCCACCAGAUUUAUGGGUGUACCACGUGUCUAUGAGAAAUUCCAAGAACGUAUGGUUGCUGUCGCCUCCACCAGUGGUAGUUUUAAAAAAAUGAUUGCCAGCUGGGCCAAGGGUGUCACACUCAAACAUUACAUGGAGAGUCAAGGCAAAAAUGGCGGUUUGCGUUACAAGCUUGCCAAAUCGUUGAUCAUGUCUAAGGUUAAACAGGCCUUGGGUUUGGAUCGUGUUAUCACUUUGGUUAGUGCUGCAGCUCCCAUGUCUCCCGAAACAAAGAAAUACUUCUUGAGUUUGGAUUUGAAGAUUUUGGAUGCCUUUGGCAUGUCCGAAACUGCUGGCUGCCAUUCAUUGUGUUUGCCCGAUACCAUGCAAUUGACCUCAAUUGGCAAGACCUUGGGUGGCUGUGAGACCAAGAUUAUCAACAAAGAUGAAAAUGGUCAUGGAGAGAUCUGCGUUCGUGGUCGCCACGUAUUCAUGGGCUACAUUGACAACAAAGAAAAAACCGAAGAGGCUUUGGAUGAUGAAUGCUGGUUACAUUCCGGUGAUGUUGGUUAUGUCGAUGACAAGGGUUAUGUCUAUAUAACAGGCAGAUCAAAGGAAAUUAUUAUUACCGCUGGAGGUGAAAACAUACCACCAGUACACAUUGAAAAUUUGAUUAAAAAGGAGUGUGAUGCCAUUUCCAAUGCCUUCCUCAUAGGAGAACAGCGUAAAUUUUUAAGCGUGUUAAUAGCCAUUAAGACCGAAAUGGACAAAGACACCGGUGCCCCCUUGGAUGAACUCAGUCACGAAUCUUUGGCCUGGAUGAAAUCAUUGGGAGUUAAUCACAAAACUUUAACUGAAAUUUUGAAUGCUGGUCCCUGUCCCAAGGUGUACAAAUCCAUUGAGGAUGCCAUUAAACGUGCCAACAAACAUGCCAUUUCUAAUGCCCAAAAAGUACAGAAAUUCACCAUCUUGCCUCAGGACUUCUCCAUACCCACCGGUGAAUUGGGCCCCACUUUGAAGGUUAAACGUAAUGUGGUCAACAAACAAUAUGCCGAUAUCGUAGAGAAAAUGUAUGCCUAAUUUGUUGAGCCCCCCCCCCCCUUAAUUACAAAGAAAAUAUUUUAUUCUAAAAAUAUUUUCCUGUUACAAACAUAUAAAACUUAUUAAAACCAAAAUAUUUAAAAGAGUUUUGUUAGAGCAUGAAAUCAUUAACAAAAUUCUUAUUAAUUUAUUACUUUUUUUUUACUUAAUUGGACAAACAACUUAUUUGUUAAAUACUUAAUGAAUUUAUUUAAAUUUUUAUUUAAAGAAAAUUGUUAUUCUAUUCUAGUUGUUACAACACUCUGAAAAAUUGAAUUUAAAAUUGAAUUUAAAGACCACAAAUAUUUAAUAAUACUGAGUUACAUAUUUGUAAUAUUUAAUUAACUUUUAUUUAAGAAAGAAAUGAUAAUAAUGAUUCCUUAGCCAUGAAGACAUGUAAAUAGUUUUAGUUUUUUUUUUCCUUAAUUUUAAUUUUAAAUUAAUAGCUAUUUCCUUUAUUUAAUUUUAAGUUUUAGCUUAUUUACAAAAAUUGUUAUUUUUUUAUUGUAUAAAAUAAAAUAUAUAGUUGAAAUUGUAAUUUGUAAUAAAAAAAUAUAAAACAAAUUAUAUUGAAAA